GUAGGCUGGUGGACGCCGCAAAUGGCAGCUGGGCAAGGUUCAGGGACCUAAUGCUAAGAAAGUACAGGCUGGGGGAUGGCUUGUUGACCAUGGCAGACUUGAAAGCCAUGAACAAAGACGACUUCUCCACGAUCGGGGCGUUCGUGCACGAGUUCAAGAGAAAGGCGAGGAAGGUGCAUGAGAUUUCUGAAGAGACGCAAUGGGCCAUAUUUUUGGGUUUGUUUACUGGCUCGGAGGCUGCGGAGUUAGCGAGCCAUGGAGGGGGAAGUGAGAAGCUCACCUGGGCCACUAUCGACAAAGGAGUGGAAGAGGGGAGUCUGGACCAGGUGGAGCAGCACCAGAUGCGGCUGCAGAGGCGCAAGAGAAAGGAAAGGGACGCCACCGCAUCUGGGACUCCAGGGGUGAAGACGAUCGUCACGGACGUGCUGGCGGCUUUGGGAUAUGAUAAUGAGGCGGAAGUGCAAAAGAGAGGGGUGACCGUGGCCCAAGGCCGAGCAUCCGGGGCAGUGGACGCGGAGGCUGGACGCGAGGACUACGGCGGUGAAGAGACGGGCUCCUUGAUCCUGACUAAAGCCCAGAGAAAGCAGCGCAAUUUGCUAAUGGGGGGUCAAGGAUCAGGAAAGGGGCAAGCCCCGCAAGCAAUUGCCGCGGUGCCACCUGCCGCCACGACGGCGCCAGCGCCAGCUGGGGCGAUGUGGCAGGAGAAAGAGGAUCCGGCCAUAAGAAUCGAGGAGAUUGUGGGCGAUAGCGAGGAGGUUACUCAGCGACUAAAGGCAGGGACUGUAAGGGAGGAGCCGAUAGUCGUCGAGUCAGAUGAAGAUGAAAGAGAGCCGACCAUAGUCAUCUUGGAGAAGAUGGAGGAUCUGCUGGGAAAGGUGGGGAGAAAGGAGGUGGUAGAGGUUCCGGAGGAAGAGGAAGCGGAUGACGACGAAGAGGAUGAGAGGCUCCGACAAGAAGAGAACCGGCGGGCAGAGCUAAGGGCCAGGAAGAGAGGAGCCCAGGAGGAGGCCGAGCCAAGCCUGCCUGACAGCGUGCCUAAGAGGAAGAAGUACGUGGUCCGGAUGGAGGAAGGCUUUGAUAUGGAGCGAAUGGUGGACAAGCUCUUGGAAGGCCAUAAUGACCUGAUGAACCUAAAGGACAUCCUGGCGUCGGCGCCAAGGCUCCGUGGUGAGCUGAAAGGGCGACUCUCGCGAAGGUUGGUGCCUAAUGUCCAUCUGAGUACGAUCCUGCCCAGGGAGGUAGAGUGGACUGAGGUAGGGACAAUGAUGGAUUGGAAGUGUGUGGCGUUCGGGAAGGUGGAUUUGGUAAUAAAGAACCAGAAGUGCACCGGGAUGGUGGACACGGGCGCAGAGAUGAACAUCAUCAGGGAAAAGGAGGCGGUGAUGCUGGGUAUGGAGAUCGACCGUCCGGACCAUGGCAUGUUGCAUGGCGUCAAUUGCAAGGCUGCUUUUUGCGGCACUGCGUCCAAUGUGAUCAUAGAGAUUAGGAAGAUGCGGGCUAGGACUUGCUUCUUCGUCAUGCCCGAUGUCGAUCAUUCCAUCCUUCUGGGGAGGUCGUUCUUGUGUAGAACUGAGAUGCUAAUCUUCAACAAGCACGACGGGACGAUGAUCCUGCUCCUAUGUGACCCGGCGUGCGGGAACUAUGAGCAGGGCUCCCAAAGGCGGUACAAGACCAUAAAUAAGAAGAGCCGCCCAGUCCCUGUGCUUGUCACAGAGGACGAGGAAGCCUAUUACGAACGGGAGCGAGGGCUGAUACGGCGUAUGCAGGAGCGCGCGUUGGCCGGGCCGUGCCGUAUCAGCAGUGAGAAUGAAGGGGAGCUGAUAGUUGGGGAACCCGGCUUCCUUUCACCCCAAGAGAAGGCCCUAAUGGUGGAGACGAUGAAGAAGAGACAUCGCGCGUAUGCGUUUAAUGAUGACGAGCGUGGGAGGUUGGAUGUGGAUAAGAUUCCAAUUAUACAAAUCCACACCGUCCCACACGAGCCAUGGGAUCUAAGGGGCACGCGAUAUCCGAAUCCGGAUGAGGAGAAGAAGGUGGUGGACUACCUUGACGGCAAGAUGCGGACGCACGUGGCCGACUACUCCAGUGGGCCUUAUGUCUCCCCUUGGUUUUGUUUUAUCAAGCCAAACGGGACGCUAAGGUGGGUGCAGAACUUGCAGCGAUUGAAUGCGGUGACGUUGUGGGACGCGGGAGGGUUGCCAAACGCGGACGCCCUGUCAGAAUCAUGUGCAGGAAGACCUAUAAUUUCACUUAUAGACGUCUAUUAUGGGUAUGACCAAUUUCCUGUAUACCCGCCAGAUAGGCCGGUGAUGGCGAUGCAUACGCCGAGGGGGCUGAUCCAUAUGAAUGUAGCCCCUCAGGGAUGGACCAAUGCAGUGGCAAUGGUACAAAGGCACAUGAUUAAAGUCAUGCAGACGGUUAGUCCACAUAUCACCCAACCCUAUAUCGAUGACCUGGCGAUCAAAGGUCCAAAGGAAAAGGAGGAAGAUGAGGUGAUGCCUGGAGUAAGGCGCUUCGUCUGGAAGCAUGUCCGGGACAUCGAUCAGGUUCUGAGUUUAUUGGAGGAACACAACCUGACGACAAGUGGCCCAAAGUCGAAACAUUGGAACAAGAACCGGGCAGAUGGGUUAAGCCGCAUCAACUGGGACGGAUCGGAUCAGGAAUCGAUAGAAGACACCCCGCCAGUUGAUGGGUUCUUGGAUCAAGAGGAGGACGUCCGCCUCCACAUAAACGAAUGGUCCCUGCGAGUACCCAGCUGUGUCAGUCACCCCAUAUGGCUAGCGCCAAAGGGGUACGAGCAAAAGGAAGAGUUAGUCCUCAAGCCCUUUCAGGAGGAAGAUCCGUGGGGAAGCAAGGAUGUUGGCUGGAUGAUGAAGUUGGCGUUGGCAGGUACACACAGUCUGGCGAAGGAAGUGAGGACGAUAGAGGAAUGCCCAACUCAGGUGGAGGAGCAUGAGCAGCUAAUAGGAGGGAUGUAUCUGCUCACUAAUACGCUCCUGCAAGGGAGCUUUGACCAGAGGGGCUCAUUCAGUCCUGAGGAAAGUGAAAUUGUGGUUCCUGAAAGCCAGGACGAUAAGUUCGAGGAGGGAGAGAUCAGGGAGGCUUUUCGCGCGAAAGAAUAUGACUGGAUCUACUGGGAGUUGGGGCUACUACUGUCAUGUGAGAUAAGGGACUGGGACGCAAGUGCUAAAGCGCAGAAGAUGAGGCACCAAUACAUAGUAAGAGAUGGCCAUCUGUUUAUAAAGCGGCAGGUCGGAAAUCCUAAAAGGAUUGUAUGUGGGAGGAACCACCAAAUCGAUAUUAUAGCAGCCCUACAUGAUGGUAUAGUCGGGGGGCACAGAGGGAUAGGUACCACAUGCGCAAAGAUAAGCGAACUUUACCAUUGGGAUGGGAUGUUGACUAUGGUCAUCAAGUAUUGCCAGUCUUGUAUACCUUGCCAGGAAAGAUCUGACUUUUCGAAGGCAGUCAUGCAGAGGGGCAGGAGGGACGCACGGUCACGACAGGGGCCCCAGAGGGCGCCUGGGAGGGACGAGCACAACAGGCCGCCUAGGAGGGAACCUGCGCCUGAGUUCGACGACGAUAACAUAGAGCUCUUCCUGGAUGUAUAUCGGGACCAUGCGGUACAGAGAGGGUGGUCAGUGGCGGAGAGGAUUCAGCAUUUGAGGGGGAUAGGGCGGUUUGAGGAGCCUAUCGCUCCGAUAUGCGAGAAGACCCUGACCUGGCCGGAUGUUGAGGCCGGGAUGCAGAGGUUGAGAGCUUCACCCAUGGGACGUGAUGGCAUGCCCAUUCAACUAGAGGAGCGGAACGAGGAGGAGUUUGUUCCUGCAUAUGAGCACUAUAUGCUGAGCCAGGGGAUUGCGCAGGAGGGAUGGAUGCAGGCCCUACUCAUCUGGACCAGGAGGGCAGAGAGGACAGUGGCCAGGCAGAUCCGAGAUAGGGCGAAAGAUUGGGAGCACUGCCAGGCUCAGCUCAGACAAGUACUUGGGCGGCGAGAGCGUGAGAGGCCAGAGCCCAGGGUGGAGAGGCGGAGGCGAAGCAAGAGGCCAAGGGAACCAGUGCCGAGAGGGGCUAAGGUGGCCAGAGAGGGCAGGAGAGCCCCAGCGCGGCGAGAAGACGAGCCCAUGGAGCCUGUGCCAGAGGAGGGGUCGUUCCCUGCUUAUGGUCUUAAGCCAGUGGAGUUUCGGUGGAUUACGAGUGAUGGAUUGCGGCCGCCUUCGCCGCCAUUACCAGGGCCAGAGCAGGUCGUGCCAGGGGAGACGCCGUUUCGGAGUCUGGUGACUCACCUUGACGUAUCUCGAUGGGAAGCCUCACAGUUGGGGGAGGGCUCAGCUGAGCCAGUGCAAUACGUACCAAUAGAGGAGCCGUUGGACCCCGAGGCGGAGGUAGACAUACGGGGCCGAGGGGAGCCACAAGACCCGGAGGCGGUAGCCGAGGAGCAGGGCCUGGCGUGACCUCGGGUUGAGGAGGUGAUCACGGUUGGAGACGACACCCCUCCAUGUA